CCUUUCGCAUAUUCUAAAAAGACUACUAUGGAAAACAGCUCAUUUACCAAAUCUGGCAUCCCAAAAUGUCGCAUCUGUAAAGACCGACAUUUCUUAAAAAACUGCCCAACUUUCCAAAGAAUGACCGUAUCAGAACGCAGAGAUGUCAUACGUGAAAAGGGUUUUUGUUUUAACUGUCUAUGUACAGCACACAAACGCAACUGGUGCCCGUCCAGAAAUAAAUGUAUGGUCUGUCGGCUAAACCACCAUACCAUGGUUCAUAUGGACAAACUUGAUUCCCCUAAAACAUCACAUCAACACCGUUUAAAAUCAUCUAAAAAAUCUCCAGACCCAACUGAACGAUAUGGUUCAGGCUCCCGUUCGCAGAAUUAUAAGGAGAGAAACCAAACGCAGCGACGCGCACAAUCUAAACCCAGCUCUACGUUCGGUCGACCUCGAACGCAUUUUAAGGAACGGCUGAGCAACAAAGCUCGAGCCCACAUAUUUUUACCAACGGCUCUUGCCCGGGUCCAGACCUCAACCGAUCCAGAAAAGGCGAGGCUACUACUGAAUUCUGGAGAGGCACAGACGGUGAUAUUAAAGACUUUAGUGGAUCGAUUACACCUGCGCACUACGCGCAGAGACAAUAAGGAAUAUUGUACGUUAAAUCUCGAGUCUUACUAUGACGCUCAAGCCAAAAUUCAAAUAGUUGGUUUAGUACAAAAGAGUUUUCGUACAACUCUACCAUCGAUAACCGAUACGCCAAAACUACAAAGUAUCUAUAACCACCUCACCAAUCUAGCUGACCCUCACUUCUACAAGCCUUCCAAUGUGGAAAUCAUAUUGGCCAACGACAAUAUACCUAAGAUUCUGCGAGCAGGAAUGAUCCAAACCUCCUCUAACAUGCCCAUUGCGCAGAGUACAAUUUUUGGCUGGACUAUCUCUGGAGCUUGUCAAUAUUGAAAUUGCAUCCUUGCAAGGCGGGCGGCAUGUUGAACCUAGUUCAACCCGGUUCAACAACAACUAUCUUCAACCACUAUACCUACCACUUUAGAUAUAAGUUAAUGAAUUCCUGAAUUGUUAUUUGAAAUGAAUUAUUAGUAUAACAGAUUGCAAUCUGACACCUGGCUACCCUAAUCAUUUAAGUUGCACCCCUAUCUGUCUCACUUCCCCAUCAAUUGCAUAUGCUGAAAUAGAAUUUUAUGUUUAGGCAUUAAUUAUGUCCAUGCUGCCUUUAACACUGCCUAAAACACUUGUGCAAAACCAUCCAAGGCGGUAAGAGCUUACACACCCAAAUACACUGUAACACCAAAAAAACUGAAACUUGGCCUUUUUCUUUUCUUGGUUUUUUCCUCUGCUGCUACUUGUCUGGGAGAUUCACUCUACAUUUAAAUACAGUC